CCUGCAGACCCCUGAGCAUGUAGACCUGAUCCAGAAUGGACGCCCCGACCAACAGCAGCUCGCCUCUGCCAGACUACAUCCUCGCCAGUGAGCGUCUGGACUACGAGAUCCCCCUGGACGAGAUCCCAGACACCACGCGGGGCCGGGCCUUCUUCGCGGCCACCAUCGUCAUCGCCGUGGUCCUGGUGGUCAUCAUGGUGGUCUGCGGACUGGGAAACUGUCUGUUCAUCGCCAGCCUCGUUCGCUACAAGCAGCUGCGGAACCUGACCAACCUGCUGAUCGCCAACCUGGCCGUGUCCGAUGUGCUGGUGGCGGCCGUGUGCUGUCCCUUCCUGAUGGACUACUACGUGGUCAAGCAGCUGUCCUGGGACCACGGCUUGGUGCUCUGCGCCUCCACCACCUACCUCCGCACCGUCUCUCUCUACGUGUCCACCAACGCACUGCUCGCCAUCGCUGUGGACAGGUACUUGGCGAUCCUCUACCCUCUGAAGCCUCGUAUGAAGUUCCAGACGGCGUACUGCGUGAUCCUGAUGGUCUGGGUCGUGCCCAUCUUCAUCUCCAUCCCGUCUGCCUACAUGGCGUCCGAGACAACGUACCCGCAUGUGGAGGGCCGCUCCUACAAGACCUUCUGCGCUCAGAUCUGGCCAGUGGACCAGCAGGUUUACUACCGCUCCUACUUCCUGCUCAUCUUUGCUCUGGAGUUCAUGGGCCCGGUGACCGCCAUGGCCGUCUGCUACAUCCAGAUCUCCAGGGAGCUGUGGUUCAAAGACGUCCCGGGUUUCCAGACGGAGCAGAUCCGGAAGAGGCUCCAGAGGCGGCGGAGGACAGUGAUCGUGCUGAUUCUGGUGCUGGUGGCCUACGUCCUGUGCUGGUCGCCGUACUACGUCUUUGCCCUGCUGCGGGACUUCUACCCCACGCUCAUCUCCAGGGACAGGAACUCCCUGGUGGCCUUCUACAUCAUCGAGUGCAUCGCCAUGAGCAACGGCGUCAUCAACACCAUCUGCUUCAUGAGCGUCCGGAGCAACACCAAGCGCCUGAAGAAGCCAGGCCAGUUCCUGCUGAGGCUGGUGACUUUUGUGGCCUCCAAGUCCGUGGACGACGGAGACGUGCGGACGUCUUCUCUCCGAGUGACGGAGGACGCAGGGGGAGCUCGGCUACGGUAAAAAGG